AUGACAUCCUCCGCCCCCACCCCCCUCCCCGCCGACGCAAUCCAGCGCAUCCUCUUCAUCGCCUCCACCGUCCACAUCUACAACAUUCCGCCCCUGACCUCCAACAAAGGCUACACCGCCUCCACCUGGACCGCAGACGACAACAAACGCCAAAUCUUCACCGGCCGCCUCCGCGUCAUCGAAACCGCUGUACCCCUCCCCAAAGACGCGGGGGAAUCCCUCAGCACGGAAAUCCUACUCGAAGACCCCUCAACGGGAGAAUUGUUUGCCAAAGCACCGUAUACGGAUGCCGGGGCUGUAGAAGCGGUGCUGGAUAGCAGCCGCUUCUUUGCGAUCAGGGUGGUGGGCGAUGGGGGCAUGAAAGCUACGUUGGGGAUCGGCUUUGAGGAGAGAGGGGAGGCGAUUGAUUUUGGGAUCUGUUUGCAGGAGAGUAGGAAGGUUUUGGGGUUGGAGACGCCGUCCGAGAAGAAGAGUGCGGCGAAGGCGAAGGCUGAGGCCGAGGUGAAGAAGGAUUAUGGGUUGAAGGAGGGACAGACCAUCGUGGUUGAUAUUGGGAGGAAAGGGAGAAGGAAAGCUGGAGAUGAUGAUGCAGGGGCGGAAAGGAGUGGAGGGGCGACAACUGCAUCGUUUUCUAUAAUACCGCCGCCCGAAUCGCUGGUGAAUGGAGAUGGGGGAGCGAUGCCGAUGCUGGCACCUCCGCGGAGCGCGCAGGAUGUAAGGGCCGAGAAGAGGAGAAGUAGGGGGUUUGAGCCUGUUGAAAAGACUGCAGCAGAGCUUGGAUUCGAUGACGGGGAGUUUGGAGAGUUCCAGUGA